UUUUUUUUUUAAUUACAAUUUAUUUAAUUUUCUUUGGAACAUCAAAUAAUAAAAUAGAAUAUAAAAUGUCAAAAGCUGUUUGUGUAUUAAAAGGUGAAAAAGUUAAUGGUGUCGUCAAAUUCACUCAAGAUGGUGAAGGUAAACCAGUUAGUGUUGAAUACGAAAUUGAAGGUUUAACCCAAGGUAAACAUGGUUUCCACGUUCAUGCCUUUGGUGAUACCACCAACGGUUGUAUUUCAGCUGGUCCACAUUUCAACCCAUUCGGUAAAGCUCAUGCUGGUCCAACUGCUGCCGAUCGUCACGUUGGUGAUUUAGGUAAUAUUGAAGCCUCAGGUGACUCAACCACCAAAGGUACCAUUUCUGAUUCAGUUAUCUCACUCGUUGGUCAACACAGCAUUGUUGGUCGUACCAUCGUUGUUCACGCUGAUGAAGAUGAUUUAGGUUUAGGUGGUCAUGAUGACAGUAAAACUACUGGUCAUGCUGGUGCCCGUGUUUCAUGUGGUGUCAUUGGUUGGACUAACUGAACCCCAAGCAGUAAAAUGUAAAUAAUAAUAAAAUUUUUGCUUUAAUAAAUAAUUAUAAUAUAAAAAAAAAAAA